AAGAACUGUACAGCAAGUGUUGGUGGUGGGUACUCCCAGCAUUCUUUAUAAAGAAUACAAUACAAUACAAAAAUCAGUUUGUAUUGAGUUAUUGAUAGUAACACAUCAAUUUAAUAGAAAUAUAAACUAUCAUUUUGUUAUUGUUAAGUGUGUAUUGUAUUCAGUUUACAGAAGUUAUUCCUUAACUUGCAUAGUAGUGAAACAUAACAUAACCUAGAAAAGAUGCCAAAAUAUUAUUGUGACUACUGUGAUACAUACUUGACUCACGACUCUCCCAGUGUAAGGAAAACUCACUGCACAGGAAGGAAACACAAGGACAAUGUUAAAUUCUACUAUCAGAAGUGGAUGGAGGAACAGGCACAGCAUUUGAUUGAUGCCACCACAGCAGCAUUCAAAGCCGGUAAAAUCACAAACAAUCCAUUUGCUCCUCCUGGCAAGGGUGUAGCUAUUCCACCACCAACACAAUUGACUAUGGGACAAAGGCCUGCAGGACCUGGAGCACCAGGCAUGAUGCCACCAGGAAUGGGUCCUGGUGGACCGAUGCCACCUAUGAUGAUGGGUCCUCAUGGCCCCAUGCCACCAAUGAUGGGAAUGAGACCACCUAUGAUGGGUAUGAUGCCAAUGGGUCCUAUGGGCCCCAUGGGACCAGUGCGACCACCGAUGGUGAAUCCACCACAAAUGAAGAAUUAAAUUAUUAUAUAUCAUAGUUCAUGUACACAAUAAAAGAUAAGGAUUUUUUUAAA